CGCAUCAGUCGCCUACUGUGAAAAAACACUGUGGUGUGUAGUCGAGCGUGCGCUCGGCGAAUAGCCGAGAUUUAGAAUGAAAUAACAAAUGGGAAUUUAAUGCAUAUAUUCUACCGCCUAUUUGAUGGUUUAUACAUUUCAGAUGCCUGAAAAAGAGGCCUGCCACUGAUACUGAACUUAAUGAAAGAAGAAAUCCAUGUAACCAGUACACCUUCCCAGGUCUUCAUCAGUUGCAGCAUAACAUCCACCCAGGACCACAUCCAGGAAGUGACUCAUCCAGGUGAAGGCUCAGGAUGGCUCAGGCAGAGGAGCAGCCAGCGGGGGACAGUAGCCCCCAGAUGAUCUCCCUGAGGUCGGAUACAUCAGGGAACCAGGUAGAUGGAAGUGAAGUAGGUCCCGCCACUCGGAGGAAGAGAAGAAAGAAGAAGGAACCUCGGCCAGAGUCCAUUAUUGUGUACCGGUCUGAGACUGAGAGGACGCCAGGGGAGGAGCAAGCUGGAGAGGAGAGCGCUGAGAGAAGCACCGAGGAGGGAGCUAAAUUCCUCUCCACACCGACUGGCGAGGGAGGCUGGAACCUCCCCCCAGACAGCCGCUACGUCACCCUGACGGGCACCAUCACUCGGGGUAAGAAGAAAGGUCAGAUGGUGGACAUCCAUGUGACGCUGACCGAGCGUGAGCUCAGGGACCUUGCCCGUUCCAAGGAGCGUCUGGAUGCCGAGUGCGAGGCGGGCGAGGGCUCCAAGCGCUCCUGCGGCCUCGGUUUCUGCCAGGGCCCCCACGUGGUGCUGUGGAGCCUUUCCUGCGCCCCUGUUGUCUUCCUCUUCUCCUUCAUCACCUCCUUCUACUACGGCACGCUCACCUGGUACAACGUCUUCUUGGUGUACAACGAGGAGCGGACUUUCUGGCACAAGAUCACCGUCUGUCCCUUCCUCAUCAUCUUUUACCCCAUGCUGAUCAUGGCCAUGGCCGUGUCGCUGGCGCUGUACUCCGCCGUGGUGCAGGUGUCCUGGGCCUUCAGUGAGUGGUGGCUGUCAGUGAGAGACCUGGAGAAGGGCUUCUGUGGCUGGGCCUGUGGGAAGCUGGGGCUGGAAGACUGUUCCCCCUACAGCAUCGUGGAGCUGCUGGACUCCGACACCAUUUCUGGUAGCAUGCAGGGCAAGACCCCCAACGAACUGGCUCAGACCUCCUGUGUGUGAGGGGGAGAUGGAAGGAGCAAGGGGGAUUCAGCUCCAGUACUAGGAAGAGACUGGUUGAGUAGGAAUUAGCCAUAACCCAACACUGUUUGGUAAAUCAUGUCGCAAAGGGAUGGAUUAAUUAAUGAUUUUAAACAUGUGUAGUGCUGUGACUAAAUAUAAGAUACUCAAGGUUCCGACUGUGUUAAAAAAAACACACACACUAUCAUUCAUUUAAAUAUUGUCCUCCUCUAAAUAUUAAAAUGUCUCAGAGCUAUGAUUUACAUCUGCGUUUGGACCUGAAACUCAGACGCUGGAUUCAGGCCCGUGUGUGUGUGUGGAUGGAUAAUGGCUACACAGUGAGCAGCACCAUUGUACACAGAAUGGGAGUUGCAAAAAAAACUAUAUGGACAGUGGAUUAUGCAUUCAGAUACACUUUGUAAAUAUUUAUAGUUAUUUUAAUAUAUGUGAUGGAUGUGUGCUGUACAUUGUAAUCAGGAAGCACAUUUCAAAUGCAUCAAUUCAACAUUUUGGUCUGCAGGUGACAUUGUGUGAUGAUUUACACCAAUGCAACAUUUUAUUCAUUAAUUAUGUUUAACUGUCGUAACAGGAGUUUCAUAUUUGUUUUACAUUAAUUCUCAUUGACACGUAUCAUAUUUAACACCACCUGAAAGACUUGUCAUUGUUGUUGCCAACACUGCUGACAUCGCUCAUCUUCAUUGUUCCUGUCCAAAGGCAUCAGGGUUCUGAGCUUCUUAAAUCUGUUUACCACCUGGUUGCUGUCUCAGUUCCCAUAUUCUAAUGCCUGUUAUUUGAUUUAUUUUAAAAAACUUUCUGAUGACAAGGCUACCUACUCUGGUUAUGAGUAAACAUGUACAGGUGUUUUGCACUGUGUAGGAAGCUGUAACUUUCAAUCAACUUGUCUGGCUGAGACAUGUCCGACAGAUAAAAGAUCUCGUCCAACUGUUGGUCUGGUAAGGAAACAGAAGGGAGGAAACAGAAGAUGAAUUCAGCUAGAUGGAGUUGAAUCCAUAUGCACUGCAGGCUAAACAUGUGGAAGGCUCUGUUUCACAGGCAUGAACUUGAUUAAAGCAAGGUUUUGCUAAGUGUUUGGUGUUCACUAAAUGUUGCUUUGUGUUUGUUGCUUUUCAUGAGAUGCAGUGAAAGGAAAUAAAUGAUUUUC